AUGAGAAGAAAUGAAGUUGAACAGGUGUUAGAUUUAGACAAAUCAGGAAGGAUCUUUUAUGGGAAAAUUAAGGAAAAGUCUUUUACAAUCGGACCAUCGCGAUACGGGAGAAGAUGGAGGCAAUUUGUUGAUUGGGUUAAUCAUAUCUUGAAGUUUCAUCAUGAUGUGACAAGGGAAGUUUUGGAAUACAUUUUGUUCGUUUGCCCAUUGCUUGAAGAGUUAUCUAUAUUGCAUUCACGAUCUUUGGUAAAUUUUGCAGUUUCUGGGCCUUCAUUCAAGCUAAAGUACUUAGAGAUCGAAGGUUGCUUCUGUUUGAAAAGUGUUGAUAUCUAUGAGGCAAAUCUAGUGUCGUUUAAAUACAAUGGACUAAAGGCCUACAUUGCCUUUAAAAACACACCGCAUCUUGUUAAGGCAUCUUUUGAUGGGCCUUAG